UCGAAUGUGUUGAAUGUGUUGUUCUUCAGAACAUUUAGCGCUCGAAUCCGCUUAAAAAGUUACAAUUUAAAUAUGGUUCCUCAUCGUUCUAUUCCUAUUCACUGGAAACAUUAUAGCAAAGCAAGAAAAAACGAAGAGGAUUUGUAUGUGAGUGGGUAAUGGGCGUUUUAUUGGAAAGUAUAAUCUGAUAAGGACCAAGAAAAUGCUGGACAUACAAACAUAUAAUCCUUCACACUGAAUCAGUGCCUAACUGUAUGUCUCUUCAAAAAGCCCGUGAAUGCAGAGCAGCUGGGAACCGACCUGGGCACAAGGAAGGGUCUUUCAACAUCUGGAUUAAAUCAAUUCAGCCAGUUUCAGCAUUGUAGUCAAAGCAGAAGAUGGAAAUGGCUGUUUGGCCUAAGCCAAAACUGACAGGCUUCUCACCAAGACCAGGUCCAAGGAGAACAAACCACCCAACACCAUUGAGCUCAGACAUAAAGCUGAAAGUUCAGCAAAGACUUCAUUCUCCUGGAAUCCUCAAUCGUCUUAACAAAUCCAACAGCCGCUAUCAGCAGUGGCUAGAGUGUCGAGGGGAGCAGGAUGAUCCCCAUCAGAAUCAAACCUGGAUAGCUGAGGCACCUCCUUCUUGCCGUUCCACGGUCACCGAUGCCAUUGCUUCCUUGUACCCUCUGUCUCUACCCAAGCCUUCAAGAAUGGGCAGUAACACUUACAUGCAUUUUCUUUCCCAAAAAUGCCCACCACUCUCCAACUUGCCUGUUCAAACCUGUGUCAGCCCUGGUAGGAGAGCAUUUGCAGUCAGUGGCUCCACUUCAGAAAGAAAAGAGUGGCAGCAGCUUAGAGUCAGAAGUGAGGCCCGAGCACCUCCACUGGAUGAUGAGGGCAACAUACUCCCUCCAGAGAAUUUUAAAAGGCAUUACACAAACAGAAAAAUGAAGGAUUUUCACAGCCCCAGGAUGGAGACCAGGAUGACACCGGCCAUGGGUUCACCUCGUUCUACUGGAUCUGGGUUCCCGACUCAAAUGAGUGUAAUGUGUCUUGCAAGAAACAGCCCUGUCUAUGAGCAGCUGAUUAACAGUCACUGGUAUACACUGAUACAGCAGCGCUCUCCUUACUUGCAUGAAGGAUAAAAGUGAACACAAUCCAUCAUCUGUCUAAUGAUGAUCUUUUGACAGUUCCAAAUAAGUUAAAUCCAAAUCCGUGACAACAUUUGGCCUUGAAGAGGUAUCAUAAUACUGGAAAAUUGAUUCCUUCUGUGGUAAGUAUGCUAGCACAAUGAGUGGUGCUAGUCUGCUGCUUCUUUCCAGAGUACCCACAUCUCUAACAAUAAACUAAUAAUAAUUCAUUACAUUUAUAUAGCGGUUCUCUCAAUUCUCAAAAGUGCUACCAAACAAGGGAGGACCCAAACCCAUGAUCCCCUUACUGCGAGGCAGUAGCACUACCACUGUGCCUCUGGGCACUCCAAUAUCCACCUGUAUGUCAAAGCCAUUAAUCUUAAGUUGCUUAAAAAUUGGCCCUGGAUGAAUGAGUUUGUAUGUAUUGUGUGAAUAUGUGCUGUGAUGGUUCACAGCAUAAUUUCCGGGACCAGCAGAAUCCUGUAUUGAAAAAACACUUUCAGAAAGUGAACAAAUGGAUGACUUCUGCAUUAGAUGCUUGUUCCAUGUUUAAAUGACAAAAUUUUGAUGUCUGAACAACUUUUACUUGUUGGUAGAGCAGAGGAAAGCAAAUGUUUGAAGAAGGUCCUGCAUCUCCUGACUAGGAACUGUGACAGCAGCUUGGUCCAACUCUAUUAAUGUUUGUUUCUAAUAUUUGCACUAGUUACUUCACUUAGAUAACCAAGUUUUUAUUGAAAUUUAUUACUUAAUGUUGACAUAUUGAAUCAAUAUUAUUAAUUAUUAACAUAGUAAUUGACAUUUUUAUUUUGUUAGCUUCCAUGGCUUUUCCACGAUGUAAAAAAAAUCUCCACGUUAUUCUUCAAAACUAAAAUAUGUUAUAGAAAAAGUCUGAAUUACAGCAUUCUGUGCACUUCGUCAUUUAUUGUACAUAUGGAAAUUGCAUUAUAGAGGCAGCAUGGACAAGAGUUAAAUUUGUGGCUUGGUCACUAGUUGUUUUUACAUUUCCUCCCUAUUGGUAAGGAUUUUCUUUAGAUUGUCUAGUUUUAUCCCUCAACACAAAGAUUUCUGGAUAACUGGCAACUCAAACAUGGCCAAUGUACUUUGGGAUAACCUGGCAUCCUAUCUCGAGUUGGUUCUACGUAUUAAUCUAAUUCUGCUGAAUGGAAAAAGCUUCAGCUCACGGUGUCUUUAGAACAGAAAAAGCAAGUUAAGAAACUGAAUGGAUGAAACUGUAUUAAAUGUCCAUUUUUGGAACCCAUUUUUCAAUUCUGGGGACAAAUAAGAGUUUGAGGUUAUCCAAGAAGCACUGGGCCUAAGUUAGGAAUCAACAGUAGAGGGACACAGUCCUAUAUCAUAGAUUAAAAUCACACUCACUCAUUUUGGAUAUGGAGUCAACCAUGCAUGCCUUUAGGAAGUGACAGGAAAAUGUGUUACUGUUAUGUGUAACGAGCAAACUGCACACAGAUAGUGAUUCGGCCACAAGUUUAAUCCCAUUUUACUAUGCUACCAUACUACCAAAACUGUAGUAUAAUGUAAUAAAAUAAAGCAUAUUGAGCAUCUUUCAUUUAA